ACUAUACAAAUGCUCAAAGUGUGCGUCGAGAAAUUUGUCGAGCUUGCUAAAAUUUUUGAGUUUAAUAAAAAUUUAUUUAUUGUCAUUAAAAUAAAAAAAAAUGGCAAAUUACUCAAUGCAUCAAAGUUAUUGGAAAUUAAAAUUAAUUUUUAUAAAAUAAUUUAUUAUUGAAUUAAAAGUUUUUGUAUUAUAUUUUAAAAGAUCUCAAAAUUAAAAAAAAAAAAAAAAAUGGAAAAAAGAAAAAUAGAUAUAGACGCAUUACUUAAAGAAGUAGGUGAAUUUGGAAGAUACCAAAAAUCUUACAUGAUCUUACUUGGAUUAGCAUUAAUGUUCACAGCUUCGUCAACAUUGUCAUUUUUAUUUACUACUGGAGAUAUGAAGUAUAGAUGUUACAUCAAUGAUUGUGAUUCAUCAACUUCAGAUCAAGUGUACAAUCCUGAAUGGCUAAAAAACGCAGUUCCAUUCAUUGAUAAAUACAAACCUUCAAAAUGCCAACAAUUCGAAAAAAUCAAAAAAACUAAUUAUACUUGUAGUGCCCUUAAUUUUAAUAAAUCGUCGAUAACUGAAUGCAAUAGUUUUAUAUUCGCUUCUGAUAGUGAAAAAACUAUUGUUUCAGCGUUCCACAUAUAUUGUAGAAGAAAUAAAUGGAAAUUAACAACAGUAGGAACAUUGAACAACAUCGGUCAAUUUAUUUCACUACCCAUUUCUGGAUUUUUGUCUGACAAGUACGGAAGAAAAAACAUUAUUAUAAUCGGCAGUACGUUAGCGGCUACUUGUGGUAUUCUGAGAAGCAUGUCGUUUAAUUAUAUGAUGUUUUUGAUCUUGGAAUUUUGCGAUGCUUUAUUUUCAGGUGGCGUUUAUAGCGCUACUUUUAUAAUGGGAUUAGGUUUAAUUGGAGGAAAGCAUAGAGUUUUUGCUAGUACGGCCCUUAGUGGAUUUUAUCCUAUUGGCGAAGCUUUAGUUGGUGUGCUAUUUUGGUAUGUGCAGGACUGGAGAAAAUUUUUAAUUAUCAUGAACUUUCCAGGAUUAUUUUUCAUACUUGCCUACAGAAUUACACCAGAGUCAGUUAGAUGGUUGAUUACUGCGGGUAAAAUUGAUAAGGCUAUAGAAGAAUUAAAAUGCAUAGCAAAAUUUAACGGAAAAAAUCUAUCAGAUGAAACAUUGAAAAAACUAGAAUUUUUGACUAUACAAAUCAAUAAAGGAAUUUUACUGGACGAAAAUGAAGCUAACUCCAGAUCAAAAGCAUUUAGACGAGCUCUAUCUUCAAAGUGUAUUAUGACUCGUUUGUUGAACUGUUCAUUUUGCUGGAUGAUCAAUACACUUGUCUACUAUGGUUUGUCGUUGAACGCUAGUGCAAUUGUUGGUAAUCCCUAUGGGAAUUUUAUUUUGAGCGCCCUUAUAGAAAUACCUGCCCUCAUUAUUGUGGUUCAAAUAUUAAAUAAAUUUGGAAGGAGAGAGUCACAAUGCGUGACUCUUUUACUUUGCAGUGCAUUAUGUCUAUCGAUAGCAUUCAUUCCAAACAAUAUAGUGUUAUUAAAUGUUACUCUGUAUCUAUUGGGAAAGUUUGUGAUAACUGUGUCAUUUGUGAUAUUAUAUAUGUAUACGGCAGAAAUGUUUCCAACUGAAAUACGUCAUUCUCUACUCGGAAUUUGUUCUAUGUUUGGUAGAAUUGGCUCAAUGGUAGCACCUCAAUCACCUUUACUAGUUUCGUAUUUUGGCCAAUCAGCUCCAAUAAUACUUUUUAGCGGAGCAACUUUUGUAGCUGGUUGUUCAGCUCUUUUUUUUCCAGAAACAUUUAAUAAAAAAAUGCCUGACACAGUUUUAGAAGCAGAAGCUAUAGGAAGGAAACGUUAAAAUUAAUUAAUGUUUUUGUAAAUUAUUAAUUUGUUAGUUAAUAAUUAAGUUAUUGUAAAUAUAUAAGAAUUUAUCAUUGAAUUAAUUGUACAAGAUGAAAAUAAUUACCUUUAUAGUUCAAAUUUGAUUAUAUAAACAAUAAUAACAACUAUUAGUGAUUAUGAUCAUAGUGAAAUAAUAUUAAUGGCAUAAUUAUUAAUUAUUUAUUUGUUUAAAGUUUUUUUUUCAUUUUUUAAUAAAUAAAAUAUAAAAGGGGAGUUGUUACAAAUGAAAAAUUAGUUAAAUAAUAUAUUAUCCCUCUUAUAGAUGCGUAUGGUUCAAUGGUUCACAGUAGAGAUAUUUAGAUGUGUUAAAAAUGGUAGAUAAUUGUAUACCUAUAAAUACAAAAAUAAUUUUAAUAUGGUAGUAAAUACGGUUUUAUUUUCACAACAGAUUAUUAUGAUUGCAACAAGUUCAUGUAUAAUGACAAUAAAUCAAUUAUAAAACAAAUAAAAUGUAAGUGUAAUGAAACAUAAACAGAAAUAUAUAUAUAUAUCUUUAUAGGAUUCUUUUGGUGAAGACUUCUUCUGAUUUGGACUUAUCACAGAAAUUUGGUAUGAUUUAUUCCCUUUUUUAGGGCAAAAGUAUGAUUUAAAGACUGAUAAAAAAUUACGGCUAAAAAAAAUUAUUAUUGUUAAAGAUUUGGGUUAAUUUUAAUAAUUUUCUCUAAUAAUUUUAUUUUAAAAACAUCAUUUAUCAUCGAUUUU